GAACCUUCUGCCUCAUCAUUUUAUGAAAAUACUUGGGAAAAUAUGGUUGAUCCUGAAGUUGUUCAGCAAUCAUUUGGUUCUUGGAAUGCAGACAUGAAUUUUGCGAAAGGGUUGAUUUUUGCUAAUAAAGAUGCGGUGAGACGUGCAUUAACAAUUUACGCCGCAAAGCAUAACAGAAACUUUGUGACUAGUAGGUCGACCACAAGUAGACUGUCUGUGAAAUGCAGCGAUGAAUCAUGCAUGUGGUACGUUGGGGCAGUUGUGAAGCCUGAACUCGGACUAUGGAUGGUCACAUCUUAUAGGGGUCCUCAUAGUUGUAUGCCCCUUGCCACGGCCCUUGAUGGUAGAAUGAUGGAUUGUAAUUUUCUAGCAGAAGAAUUUGUUCCAUUGUUGAAAGAGAAACACACGGCAACAAUUUAUCACCUCAGACAUUUCAUUAAAGGGAAGUAUUAUGGGCAUAUUCUUUCUUACUAUAAGAUAUGGGAUGCGAAACAACGAGGUAUUGCAAAGAUAUUUGGGGAUUGGGAAGAGUCUUACGAAAGGUUGAAAAAGUUAUUGUUUGCAUACUGGGAUCAAGAACCUGGCACCCGUUUCUGGUUUCACACCAUACCCAGGGACGAGUUCGGUGAUACAAUAUUGCGCUAUAUAUUUUGGGCUUUCGCUCCAUGCAUUGCAGGAUUCAGACAUUGUAAGCCAGUGAUCAGUAUUGAUGGGACCCAUUUGUAUGGUAAAUAUCGAGGGGUGUUGUUGAUUGCAAUGGCCACCGAUGCCAACAACAAGGUUUUGCCUCUUGCCUUUGCUGUUGUGGACAAAGAGUCAGGGUCUAGUUGGGGGUGGUUUUUAGAACGCCUCAGGAAUGCACUGGGGGAUGUGAUAGCAGAUAAGGACAUCUGUAUAAUUUCUGACCGACAUAAGGGUAUUCAAAGUGCAAUUGCAAACUGGCCUAGACAUGAUGAUGGACGACAACGAGUAGUUCACAGAUAUUGCCUUCGACAUGUUGCUAGCAACUUCAACACGCAUUUUCAGGACGCCACUUUAAAGUCAUUAGCCUUGAAAGCGGGGUAUGCUACUAAGGAAUCAAAAUUUGAGCUGUACAUGCAACCUAUCAAGGAAGCUGAGAUCGAGGCCCUUAGGAAGAAACGGAGAACCGAGCGGCAGGAAAGUGAACCCGACUCAUCCAUCAUGCCAUACACAUAUCUAAUGAAUGAGGAUCUAGACAAGUGGACCCAACUACAUGAUGGUGGAUACCGUUAUGGGGCUAUGACAACCAAUGUCUCGGAGUGCUUCAAUGGAGUACUCAAAGGUGCCCGUGGCCUACCCAUUGCUGCAAUGGUUGAAUUCACUCAUUGCAAACUUGUUGCGUAUUUCCAUGAUCGACACAAAGAAAUUACUCAUGAGCUCUCAAAGGACAAGGUAUGGACUAAAUAUGCCUUAAAAAUCUAUGGACACAACCUACAAAAAUCAAUUUCACACCAAAUAAAUCCGUUUAAUAAUCAGAAUGGUAUAUAUCAAGUAAUUACUUCAUACAACAUCUAUAGCUCUGGAGGGGGACACCAUAGUUAUGAAGUAAAUGUAAAGGCCAGAACAUGUGGUUGUGGAAAGUGGCAAAUUAGAAAGAUCCCUUGUUCACAUGCAAUUAAAGCUCUUCAGUACUUGGGGCAAGAUGCGACUGCAUAUAUUGACCCAUGUUAUAGUUUGGUGAACGCCAUUCACACCUACUCACAUGCAUUUGUGGUGCCAAAGUCAGAUUCAUUGUGGAGGGAUGUGGAUGGUCCAAAGUGGGUGCCUGACCCAAAACUGUUGCGGGGCAAAGGUCGACCUGUGGCGUCUAGGAUACGAAAUGAGAUGGAUGGGGUCCGGCGAGAACCGGGAAGCCGGAGGCCAGAUUCUGACUUGAGGGAGAUUCAGCAAAAGCAGAGCUGUGGACUGUGUCAUCAACAUGGGCAUAACCGUAGAAGAUGUCCGCUUUCCCGUGGGGCUUCGACAAGCAGUAAUAAUCCAAACUAGGCAUGCAAAUACUCGAGUUUGGAAUGGCAUUGUAGAUGUCAAUUGGGGUUCUCUUUAUUAUGUAUUUGAACUUACUACUGGGUUGUAUCCACACAAUUAUUAUUUUGUUUGUCACUGAAUGAACUUGUAAUCGAAGUAUUUUAUAUCUAAUGUACCUGUUUCUAGAUUGUGAUA